AUUCGUCUUCUUCUCCACUACUCAUUUUAGCUCGGCGGAGACUCCCCUCUUCAGUAAUAGUCCAUGAAUGCAGCGGCUGCAGUGACCAACGCCAUCACCAGAUUACCUUUUCCACCCCCAAUUGGAUACCCUUUUGCCCAAAAUGAGAACCCCAGACGCGUUAUCGAGUCUCUGCGCUUUCCUUCAACUUCGUCUUCGGCAGUAGUGAAAACAGUAUCUUUAUCUUUGGAACAAGAGUUUCGGCCUAAUGCCCUUCGCAAGAAGCAAGAUUCCUCAUCCAGAUGUGGGUUCAGCCUAGGGGUAGACCUGGGUCUUUCGCGGACGGGCCUUGCCAUCAGCAAAGGCUUUGUAAUUCGUCCCUUAACUGUUCUUGAAUUAAGAGGCCAAAAGCUGGAGCUUCGUCUACUUGAUAUUGCUCAAAACCAGGAGGUUGACGAGUUCAUAAUAGGGCUUCCAAUAUCUAUUGAUGGGAGAGAAACACCACAGUCGAAUAAAGUCCGUAGUGUUGCUGGUAGACUUGCCGUCCGGGCUGCUGAGAGGGGCUUGAGAGUGUACUUGCAGGAUGAAUAUGGGACCUCAACUGAGGCACUUGAUCGUAUGAUAGACAUGGGACUCAGCAAGUCUGGUCGCCGGGGGAGGAUUGAUGCCUAUGCAGCUGCGAUGGUGCUCGAAAAGUACUUUUCAGAGUCAGGAGGAGGAGUUGAACUUGUCUUGCCCAAGCAGUUGGACCUCCAAAACAAACUUAGAGGAAAGCUAUGGAAGCGUUCUUAAAAGCAAUUUUCUGGAAGAGCAACAGGUUGAAACUGCGUUGUAGCAGUGAGUCAGCAAUCAAUUAUUUAUUACAACGUAUUUCAGACAUCAAGAUUCCAAUUAUCAAUGCGUCCAACUUCUUUUCCUUGUAUAAAACAUUUGGUUGAUCAAAUUUCUUAUCCCUGCCUAAAAUGUACAAAUCGAUUGUUAUUUCUGGGGUCCAAGGACGGAAAGGGUAUAAAAUGCAUGUUACUGUA